AUGCCAGAUUAUAUCAAAAGAGACACUAGACCCAAUGAUACCACUUUACAAAAGAAAAUAGUCGGUGAAAGGGAUCCAAAAAAAAUUGAUUCCACAAUUAUGAACUCAUCUUCUGGAAGUGAAUCGACUUCAACGAAUAUUGAAUCAUCACACUCCGAUUCUUCUAGUUUGGAUAUUUCACUAGAAAUUACUGAACUGCAAGAUGUCAAGUGCAGUUUAAAGGACAGACACUGCUGUUGGGGAUUAGAAGGAAGAAAGCUCAGAGUGUUGAUCACCUUCAUUUGUGUUGUUGGCUUUUCUCUUUUUGGAUACGAUCAGGGACUUAUGAGCGGAAUUCUAUCUAAUGCAGACUAUAUGAACACAUUUCCAGCAGUUAAGGGAACUAGUCGUCAUGCUACAGUUAUUCAGGGUACUGUAACAUCCUGCUAUGAGCUUGGAUGCUUUUUUGGUGCUUUAACUGCACUCUGGGCCGGUGAAAAGCAUGGAAGAAGGCCAAUGAUGCUUUUUGGUGCAUUUGUGUUGACAAUAGGAACAUUUAUUACGAUAUUCCCAUUUAAAGGACACUGGCCUUUGGGUCAUUUCAUCAUUGGAAGGGUUGUGACCGGAGUUGGAAACGGGUUCAAUACUGCAACCAUCCCAAUGUAUCAAUCAGAAUUGAGUCGGCCGGAGAUGAGGGGAAGACUUGUCAAUUUGGAAGGUUCGUUUGUUGCAGUUGGAACUUUUCUUGCUUACUGGAUUGAUUUUGGUCUUUCUUAUGCCUCAGGUUCUGUUUCAUGGCGUCUUCCGAUCUCUAUCCAGAUCAUAUUCUCUGCAACAUUGCUUGUUGGAAUUAUGGGACUUCCAGAAUCUCCAAGAUGGUUGGUUUCCAAGGGAAAGAUUAGUGAAGCCUGCUAUGUUCUAGGAAAAAACAAAGGACUUCCAUAUGACGAUGACGAAAUUAUUGCCGAGAUCACUGCUGUCAGGGAUGCAGUCAACAAAUUUGAUAGCAAACAACUUACCCUUGAGGAAAUUUGGAACAGCGGUAAGCACCAAUAUUUCAAAAGAAUGGUUGUUGGUGCUUCCGGCCAAUUUUUUCAACAGUUCACUGGCUGUAAUGCCGCUAUUUACUACUCCACUAUUUUAUUUGAGAAUACCAUUGGCUUGAGCCGUAGAAUGUCAUUAACACUUGGUGGUAUUUUUUCCACUGUUUAUGCACUCUUUACCAUUCCAUCUUUCUUUAUGGUUGACAAACUUGGAAGAAGACCGCUCUUUUUUAUUGGUGCAAUUGGACAAGGUGUGUCUUUCAUUAUUGCAUUUGCUUGUUUGAUUCCGGAUACAGAAGAAUCUGCCAAAGGUGCGGCAUUCGGCUUGUUUUUAUUCAUUGCAUUCUUUGCCUUUACUCUCCUUCCUCUCCCAUGGGUUUAUCCACCAGAAAUUAACUCUUUGAGAACCAGAACAUUUGCAACCUCCGUGUCUACAUGCACAAAUUGGCUUUGUAACUUUGCUGUCGUGAUGUUCACCCCCAUCUUUAUCAAUCAGACAAAGUGGGGAUGCUACCUCUUCUUUGCAUUAGUUAACUUUUCCUAUGUUCCCUUCAUCUACUUUUUCUAUCCUGAAACAGCUGGUAGAGCAUUGGAGGAAAUUGAUAUCAUUUAUGCAAAGGCUUAUGUCGAACAUAGAUCUGUUGUUUCGGUUGCAAGCAGUAUGCCAAAGCUUAAUUUCCAGGAGAUGGAACAGGAAAGUAAAAAGCUCCAUCUUAAUGGAGAUUUUAAGGGUGAGACUGAAUUUACUGAGGUGAAUCUUCGGAAGACAUCAUUGUUGGAGAAAAGACAACCAACUUCCGAAAAUAUAGUUUAA